GCAUUUCUGCCUUUGCCAUCAGCUUGCCACCGACCGACUUUGCUCAGGUCUGUACGGCGACAGUAUGUUCGGGGCCUUCAGAGCAACACAACCAAGUCUCAGCGGUCUCCUUUGGAAGGUCCCGUGGAAGCUGUCGACCACGCGCAAAGCCAAUGUCAGGACACGGCUGAAGAGAGUAGACACAGUCAUCGAGGCGGUCAGAGCAAGUGGGGUUGAAUGUGCUGCUCUCACCAAGGCAUUGCAGCUCCCCAAGGAGCAUGAAAUGGCACCCAGAGACAAGUACACAGUCUUCACUCGGCACGCAAGGGGCUACCGCAAGGGCAUCCACAAAGUUCCCAAGUGGACACGGCUGACAUUGCGCCAAAGUCCAACGGGUUUCUAAGCCACGCAUAUGGCACCAUCGGUACCAUGCAACAAGCGAUUAUAUUCGCAUGCGUAGCCUACCCCGAGGUGAUGCGUCGUAGCAUUACGAGUCCUAAUGUAUUCAUAACAGCACUAAUUGGAUCUUCCCCU